UAUAUAUAGCUUGCAUAGUAACAUGAAACAAACACAUCAACUGUUACAAAAUAAGAAAUAAUAAUCAACCAUGUCAAUGAGAUUGUCUAUCGGAUCUCUCAGUAUUCUUGUUCAUGUGUGUCUCUUUAUGACCACAACAUCAAUAGCUCAAUUUGUCCUCGACACAAACCGCGAACCCAUUGAAGGCGACGAAGAAUACUUCAUCAGGCCUGUUAUCACAAACAAUGGAGUAGGACGUUUCACUUUAGUCAACAGAAAUGGAUCAUGCCCUUUACACCUUGGUCUUGAGAACACUCACUUUCCACAACAUAGUUUGUCUGUGAAAUUCAUUCCUUUUGCUCCCCAUCAUGACGAUGACAAUGUGCGGCUUAACAGAGACUUGAGAGUGAUAUUCCAAGCUUCUUCAAGUUGUGUGAAGUCAUCAACUGAAUGGAGGUUGGAUGAGAAAGACAUAAGGAGUGGAAGAAGGUUGAUUACCACUGGGAGAGAUGAUGGUACAAUUGGAUCAUAUGGUAACUUUUUUAGGAUUGUAGAGACACAAAUUGCAGGUAGGUAUAAUAUUCAGUGGUGUCCUACAGAGGUAUGCCCCAAUUGUAGAUUUGAAUGUGGCACAGUUGGUUUUCUUCUUGAGAAUGAAAAGUUUUUGUUGGCCCUGGAUGGUAGUGCCCUCCCAGUUGUGUUUGAGAAAGAAUAAUUAUUAAUUAGUAGUGUUGUGAGUUUAUGUAUCCUUGAGGUAAAGUUUGUUAGGCGUGUACGUCAAGCAAAUAUAGUCGCUCAUACUCUGCUAGGGUGGCUUAUUCUAGGACUAGUUGCUGUAUUUUCGAAUCGGUUCCUCG